AUGUAUAGCCUUCAGAACAUUUUCAGCUUCUUAGCUGUGGCUUGUUUGGGCCAUUUCGCUCUGGCACUACCAGAGCCCGUUGAAGCAAGAGUUACAACGGCAGACGUGAGACCGCUUCCAACUGCUUGUCCAUCAUGUUAUACCUAUACAGAGACAAGAUCAUACACCAAGACAAAAGGAUGUCCGUCAUUGGAAACAUGUCCUCCACAUCCUUUCUGCAUCAUCAUCUCAACAUCGACAGUCAAGGUUCCGCCUACCGAUAAGGCCUGUCCACUGACGCCAACAUUGGUUGUAACAGCACCACCUUUUUGCCCAACCUGCGUAACAGGCUGCGAUACUACUGUGACAACGAUCACCGUCACAGGCGGUCCGAUACAAACUCUUUUCUCCGAAAUGCUCAGUUGUGUCUGUAACGUUGUCGAGUCUGUCGAGGUUGACAAAGGUGGUCUCGCCGAGGACGAAAGAAGUGACAGUCACCUGCCAAGAAGUCCACCUCAAAUAGAGCAUAUAAUGGUCUUAAUUACUUGA